AUGGAACACCAGCCGUAUGCACCGCGAACUCCUCGAGAACUCCAGGAACUAUCGCGUCAGCACGGAGACAAACAAGUCAUUUGGCAAUGCCAACAAAUCGCACGCUCUGCCAGCAAGUGGAAUUACACUCAUCUCAUUAUCUUCAGGCUCCUUGUUCAGCAGGAUGCAACUAUACUCCCGAUCCUCGAUUCAAGCCAUACGGACCCAUGUCCUGUGUGCAACCCCGCUCUAGAUCAAGAUCACAGUCUCUCCACCGGGGUCCUCAACGAGGUUAUGACCAAGGCGCUCACAAGCAGAAGCCCAGGUAAACUCCUUCAGAUGAGUGAAGGCGAAAUUUUAAUGCUGCAGCACGGCUUCUUCUGGGUUGCCCUGGCAGAGGCCGCCCGCCCGGAACUGGUCGAGCAAGCCCGCGAGCAUCCCCAGCGAGAGCGGAAGCAGCAUGAGAGGGAGGGCUAUAUUAGCAGUGCCAUCGCGAUUGAUGGAUCUUCCUCGCCUACAGGGCACUCCUCUUCUGAGUAUGAGGCAGACUCUAACCCUGUGCAUGAGGACUGGCAUCUGGAGCGGCGGACCAAUUCGGAAGAAAUGACGGUGCGUCUCGUCUUGUCCUUCCUCCAACAUGCCUUGAAUAUUUGUCUUGUGCAAGCCACGGGCCAGUAUGAGCUACGGCCAAGGGCAAGGCGCAUGUUCACAAGAGCGACAAUUGGCGGAGACGCGAUUACCAUCUCAGCCGAGGAUGAUGGGGGCAUUUGCCUUAUGCGACGGCUUGGCUCCGGAUGGGAGAUGGGUCACCCUUAUUGUGCUCUUUUUGAAGCAAAGAGGGCGCCUAGGAACACUUACUUUGACGAGAAAAGAGAAGAACAUGUGCCCCUUAUACUGAAUGAGAAUUUGGCCCAGUGGCUUGGUGAAGCAAUCGUCACAUGGAAGGCGAAUAUGGACGUGCUACAGAACGGUAAUUUCUACAGUGUGUUUAUGAUAGCCGCAUCAAAUACCUUUGUGCACUUUCUCCAUUCGAGCUUUGGCAAAGACUACCUGGAGUAUCUGGAUGCCAUGGACGAAGCUGAGCAAAGGGAUAUCAUCGGUGAUGAGGAUAAAGACCAGAACAAGGUGGUGAAAUGGCAGGACGAGCAUGAUGGAGAUGGCGAGAGCGAUGAGGUUACAAGCAGUGAUUAUAUGGAUACAGAUGAAUAG